CUCACUCACUCACAUUCGGUCUCUUUGUCACACACAUGUUAGUUUCAGUACAGAGAUCACAGUGUGUGGAUGUUAAAAAACCUGCAGGACUGUUUGUUCCGUGCCUGUACGGAGCAGGUUGAGAGACCCAUGAUGCAUGUAAGACAUGACCAACAAGGCCCCCUGGGAUAACUCAAGCAGAAUGUGCAGCAUGGAGCCGACAGCUGGCUGCUCCCCCACAGUUCCAGAGCCAGAGCUGUACCGCAGCAUCCAGGCUGUGCUGCCCAGGGAAACAGACACCCAGCAGCCCAUAGACUGUUUCAACAAAGGCAUGCUGAGAUGGACGCUUCAUAAGAAGGUUCAAAACAAUCCUGCCAACAGCUUAUCUCUGGUGUGGGUGCUGAUAAAGGAGCUGGAAAAGGCUGAGAGGUGGGACUCUCGCAAAUGCAUCAUCCCUCUGCUUCACACUCUCAUGUAUGCCAUCAUUCAGACGGCCUACAUUCCAGAUGAGCUGUACAAGCGGGUUUAUGAUUUUUGUAAGAGACUCAUGACCUACCCUCAUCCCUAUUGCACCGUAGGACUCAGCUACACAAGACAGAUAAAAACAGAACGCUCUGUUCCAGGUCUGAUGUACCAAAGGAUGGUCACAGCAGAGCAGAGACUAAAAAAUGAGCACUAUCCCUUUCAGGAGAGGGUUUUUGUUUUGGCUGACCCAGAUGUCUUCUACGGUCCCCUUGGGCAAGUCCUGUUGGGUGAUAUAGAGGCGUCAGCUUCAUCUUCAGGUGGAUUUCUACACCCUCUGAAUCUCAUGCGCAGUGUGGUCCAACACUCCAUUCAGGCUGCUUUAGGAUCAAAGCAAUGCCAUGGGCUGAAACUGGCUCAGGCCCUGAAGGAAAUGGGUCAAGACAUUGAGUCGUACUUUCAGGAAGUGAUGGCGACUCUAGAGCAGAGCGUGGAGGAGGGCGGCAGGGGGGAAGGAGGAGCGCUCAGAGGCCGUCUUCAGCAGCUGUACAGUGAAAUCGUCUCUGACACAGUCGAGCCAUUGUCCAGUGGACCACUGUGUGACUGCCCUCUUCCUAACCCAGAGAUGAGCUUCCACCUGUGGACAGAGGAUCUGGAUAUCUGGCGAGAGCUGGCCAAAUGGUUUCGGUCCAGCUCCAUGUCGGAUCAGUUCCCCCUCAGCCAGGAACAGGAGGACUUUGAGCUUGGUGAGUCACCCAGCGACCUGAUGCCAUCUGACAUGACUCGCUUCUCCGUCAUGUCCAACGACAGUGGUAUUGAAAGAGAUCUGCCCCCCAGUGCUGAUCCCUCCCCGUUAUCAUCUCUGGACCCUGCCAGCUUGAGUACAUCAUGGGAACAGUGCAAAAGAUUCACUCCUUUCCAUAUAAAUCAUCCUGAAGAUAUAAAUUCACUUGAACUCAAUGAACAAGAUUCAGGAAAGCUGUCACGACGUGGAGGAAUCAAGAUGAAACCAUCUGUGAAGGACAGUAUGGUGCUGAUGCAGGACACCCUAGAGGACCAUACGAGCAUCGGAGGAGGUGGAGCGAGGGCAGGGAGAAGAGGGGCGACCCUCCAGAGGCGGGCAGGAAGCAGCGCGAUGCAGAACCCCUUCACCAAGCAGCAGAGACACUUUACUGCCAGGAUCGUCGUCAUGGGGGAUGACAGGAUACUGGGCCGCCUCGCAAAGGCCUACUAUUUCUUCAGGAAAAGGGAAGCACGGAGGCUUUUUCUUACAAUGAAAGUCAACCUUCAGUUUUACUACAUCCCUGUUUGCAAGGCUCCAAUUCAUGUCUCCUCUGUCAAGGAAAACCAUCCCAUCAGUCAACUCAAGGGGAAUGCCUGCUCUCUUGGUUCCUACUUGAGCACAGUGGACCCGUGGUACAACUGUAACAUUAAGAGUUUAGGCUCCAUGAUCCCCAACCUGGCUAAGAUGCAACAGGUGAACCCAGGGAGGCCAAAAGACCCCAUCAUCUCUGAUGUCAUUUCCUACUACGUCCGCACUGGCCGGGAGCCUGUCUACUUUGGCAUCUACUUUGUUAAGAUCACAUUCAACAGCAUGACAAAGGAGCCUGUGGAGGAUGUGUUCCUCACUCAUCUCGAGAUGGAGUUUCCUGAGUUCAGACAGAUCUCAGCGUCAAUAAGAGAUAAACCCAGGAGGAGCUCAGCAGAAGUAUGUGGAGCUGUUGUCUCAAUGAAUUACAAAAAGGUGACAUUAAGUGGCCGAGACAUUGACAAAGGAAUCUCAGUCAGGAUGUCAGGGGCUCAGAUCAAUGCUAUUCCCUCCAGUGAAGCAGAAGAUCUGAACUGUUUGACACUGACAUUGAAUGAAUAUCCAACCAAAACUAAAAACAGCAUUGUGGGGUCAAAGAUUCGGACCAGCAACAUUAAGAUUCGCACUUUGGAGAGUCGCUCUUUCACCAUCACACUGGACAGAGAUUGUCGAAGGACCUAUAGGGAUGUGCAGAGCAUCGAGAUCUCCCCAUGUCUUGAUCCUGGAUACUGUGUCCAGAAGACCAUGAGGUCCAAGUUCAAGUUGGGAGAGGACCAAAAUGCAGGACUGAGCAAAUACAUGAGCAAGGGACUUCCUCUGCCGAUCAACACAUUUGCUGGAAUCAUCAACUGACAUGAUGGAGUAACGCUGCACAGAAACUUGAGAAUUAAGACCAUCCACGCUUUUGAUGGCAGAAAUGGUUAUUGCUUCUGUGAUAACAGAAGUCCAGCCUGACACAUGAAGACAAAAGGAAUCACCUUUGAGUCAUACAGAGCUGCUCCUGCAAUCAAACAGAUGUAGUCCUGUAAGUCAGGAAUGACUGCCACUUAUGGAAAAAGACUAUAAAUCAAAAGCGACUUGAGGCCAGAUACAGCACGUACUGUACCAGUACCAGUUCUUGUAGUUGACUGAACAACUAGUCAGCUGCGUUUACAGGAACAAAAUUUUAUCACACUGCAGGGUAUGACCGAACUCCUAACGGUGUUUCGCUCUUCAUAAGCAACCACUGUCAGUCUGUAUACGCAGAUAGGAGUAAUGCAAUAAGAAUAAUAUUGCAAGUGACACUGGUGAGACUGGCAGGGAAAAACAAGUAUGCACCUGUAUACAGAGAGGAUUUCAGGGCCACUGAUAAUUGGAUCACUAAUCAUGUGACAUUAUCAUUAAAGCCCUGCAGGCAGUCCAGAAGAUCUGCUUCACAGUCACCACUUAGUGAAGCAGAUUUGAAGGGUUGAUUGCAACAGUUAUUUCAUAGACACACUACCUUUUACUGCCAUGACAUUCAAACACAAACACCCACACACACACACACACACACACACACACACACACUAUGCAUAAAAGAAUACACACCUACCUAACCUGUCAGCUAUUGAUGCGUGCAGAUUGCUGUAAGACUGGUACGAUGACAGCUGACAGUUCACUGUUGCCUUUGUCUUAGCUGAAUCAUUCAAAUAAUAUCUUGUUAUUCCCAUACCUGUUACAUAUUGUAAGCUGUUAUGAAGGUGCAAAUUAUUGAGAUUGUCCUCAGGUUUAGUGUUUGGAAACGUUCUAGAAAUUUGCUAGGACCACACUAUGUUGAAUGCAGAAGCUAGAACCACGUGCAAUGUCAUAAAUUACUACAGAGCAUAGGCAACUUUUGUGUUUUAUAGUAUCAGACAGACAUGUAGAUAAUGCACAGACCCAAGCUACAGAAAGUAGCUGUCAGACUUCACACUGCCACCUUUGUCUUCAAAGCCACUGUCUACUAACCAGAGUUGCGAUAGUUGUGUGUGUUUUGUGCUUGAUGUUAUACAUGUCAAGGAGCAGAGCUUGGGGACACUCAAAGUGAAACUUGCACAAAAGCCAGUAAACAUCUCAAAUGUUAUCAGCCUAGUGGUGUGAAAGUCACCCAGACCCUCAUACACUCAAUGUGGUGCGUUGCAUAUGAACUUGAUCUAUUUGCACUAAAACUGGGUUGUUGAUAGGUUCCUUUAGGAAGGAGGAGUAGCAGUGCAGCAGCAGUGCAGCAGCAGUGAGUAAAGCAAGAAAUUUGACCUUCAAUGAUGUGUAAUUAUCUCCUCAUUGUACAUGUCAUAACUGUGGAAACUUUCCAAUGACAUACAGUCAUCAUAUGUUAUCCUCUAAAUUUUAGAGGGCCGUUCAAGAUCUGACAACUAUUGGUGAAGCUGUUAUUCAUGAAAAAGAUAAAGGUCUUUUUCUUUAAAUCUAUGAUUCACAAUCACAUAAUUAUUACAUUACUCAUAAAGCUCAGGAGCCUAUUUUCUUCUGAGAUCAAGUAUGAUCAGGUAUUAUCUUGGGGAGUGAAGGCCAACAGCAUGCAGAACUGGGAGUGGUGUGUUACUAGAUGCACGACAUUAAAUCAUGUAAGGGUGUGUGUGUGUGCUGGCCUGGCAGGAUAAAAUCAUGAGUUGUAAAUUCAUGAUCAAUUUUGCACAUUAUUUUCACAUUAUGUCAUAUAUAAAAAUGAUACCAUUAGAAAUCAGAAUGUAAUUGUGUAAAUAAAUGAUUUGGUUUUGUAAA